AUGUGACUGUCAGAUUGUGUUUCGAAAUUUAUGCAAGUUUGGCUUAUUUUUGUUCGUCAUUGAUGUUAUUUUACGUUAGAUCUCGAAUGCAUUUAUAAAUUACUACAUUAGCUACAGUUUUCCUUUAAUCUUACAUUCCGUCAAGACUUCUCAAGCUUUGAAUAUUUGAAAAAUGGUGUGUGUACCGUGCUUCAUUGUUCCUGUCCUAUUAUUCUUGUGGCACAAAUUUAUUCAGCCCUACGUGCUACGAUACUGGAACCCGUGGGCUGUGAAAGAUGCUGACGGUAACGUGGUGCCGACGGAAUUCCCCUUGAAAUGCGAGGGAGGAGUGUGCGCGUUUAGCAGAAAACCCGUCGAGAACAAAGAAUCACUUUCCGAGCCUAAGGAGGAAGCCAAAGAUACUAACACGUGUCCGAAGGAUAGGAUAAAAGCAGAGUGAAUUGGCGCAAUGGCGUUAUAAAACCUCAACCAAAUAAACAACUACAAUGUCAUUAUUUAUUAUGAAAUGAAUUUAGUUUUAUGUGCAUAGUUUGUCAAUCUGUAUUAAAUUAAAAAGUAUUUUUUAAAUGUU